GCGUGCGUGAGGGCGAAGGGGCGACAGGAGCGCCCUGUGGGGGUGUGCCACCCAAUGCCGCCGGGGCCCUGGCAUCACCCCCAACCGGGGCCAUCAACCCCGCCCGCUCAGCCCCAGCCGGGGACAUCAAACCGCCCUGUUCAAGCCCGUGCCCAGCAAGGUGUCGCCGCCCAGGCCACCGCAUGGCUCCCCGCCCAGGCCCCAGCGCAGGCCCCCGCCCAGGGUCAACCUUUGGCUCGUGACGAUUUGAGGCACCAACUGAGGAACCGCGGCCAGUCCGCCGCCGCCGCCCAGGCGCCCAGCCCGCCACAGGGCGAAGCAUGCAAGCUGCAGCGUCGGGGCGAACCGCCAUUGUUAUUGACCCUAUUGUGACAAAGAGGAUGAGGAAGUAGCCCCUCUUUACUCACUUUUUAAUCAUUUUCCUAAUAUUUUUCUAACAUUUUUUCCCAAGAAAAAU